AUGACGAUGCAACAACAACAACAAUGGAAAAGACCAAAGGAGAAGCGCCAAAUAAGUAGCAAUGAAGAAGACCCAAACGAGAAGCACCAGGGUAGAAGCGUCAAAGGAGAAACACCAAAGGAGAAGCACCAAAGGAGAAGCACCAAAGGAGAAGCACCAAAGGAGAAGCACCAAAAGAGAAGCACCAAAGGAGAAGCACCAAAGGAACCAAAGGAGAAGCACCAAAGGAGAAGCACCAAAGUAACCAAAGGAGAAGCACCAAAGGAGAAGCACCAAAGGAGAAGCACCAAAGUAGAAGCACCAAAGAAGAAGCACCAAAGUAGAAGCACCAAAGGAGAAGCACCAAAUGAGAAGCACCAAAGUAGAAGCUCCAAAGUAGAAGCACCAGAAGAGAAGCACCAAAGGAGAAGCACCAAAGGAGAAGCACCAAAGUAG